AUGCAGAGGCCCAGGGAGUACUCCUGCAGUUACCAGGAGGGGAGCAGAGAGGUAGAGGACAGCUGGGACAACCACAGUGCAGCAAGCCCUCCCCCUCACUCAAGAAGUUCAAUCCAGAGAGUGCUGCUCCUGAUCACAGGAGGCCAGAACUUCAGCACCUUUGCAGAGUUUCUGGGGGCCGUUCCAGUGGAGCAGCACAAGGAGGAGGAAGUGCCCGCAGUGUCUGAUGAUGUGAAAGCCGAGGCCAUGGCGAGCCUGAGGAAGCUGGUUCGCAACAGAAGGAACGUCCCCGUCUUGGCGGUGCCCCAGUUUAAACGCCUGCCGGACUUCUGGGGAUGGUACAAGUACUUCAUGGACAGCCACAACCAGGAAGGAGUUGAGGAUCUGGAUCGUCUGUACAUGGCCUACCUGCAGAACAAGCACAGGUCAGAGGAGGGCCCAACCUUCAACCACUACCUCAAGCACCUCAGUGAAAUCUACAAGACUUGUGCCAAUUCUGACGAUCCAGAGUGCAUCCACGAGUCCACCAGCAAGCCAAAAGCUGCACUGGUGAUGCCAGAACCCAUCAAGUCUGCUGCUGUCAGGAUGUGCAACCCUUACCUCGACCCCUACUGUCUCUUCCCCCUCCUCCCCAAGGCUGCUGCCCCAGCACCAGCUCCAGCUCCAGUCAAGGUGCCAUCCCCUAUCCUCACCCCCUUCCUACCCAUGCCCCUGAAGAGCCCCACUGGCUUCUACUACUACGCCCCCGUCCUGGAGCCCUUCCUGACUGCUGAGCAGAGGACUGAGCUGCUAAGGAUCUGCAACUCUGAAGAUGUAGACUGUCUGCAGUAUCACCUGAGAGCAGCUUAUGGCUACCGCCCAGCCCCUGGCCCAGCUCCAUCCUAUGCCGCCCUCAAAUGUGACCCCAAGGACCCCUACUGCAUGCCCCCACUGGUCCACAAAGCCCCCACUGGCUUCUACCACCUGCUCUACCCCAGCUGUGACCCAGCAGUCGAUCCUCUGUGUGUCACCAACGUCGCUGCUCCUGCUCCCCUUGCUGGAGAGGAGGCCCCAAAAGAGCAACAAUGCAACCCUCUCUUUGACGCCGGCUGCAACCCCCUGACUGCCACCAAGCUGUCUGGCCUCACCAAGCCCGUGCUGGAGUACGCACCCAAGGACGAGCCUGCACCUCCUGCUGCUCCUCUGGCCUGCGAUCCUCACUAUGACCCAUACUGCAUACUGGCAGCCGCUGCUGCCCUGCGCAAGCCUGCUCCGCAGAUCCCCGAACACCAGGUCCGCUACAAGCUCGGUGUCCGCGGCAAGACCAAGGAGGGCUACGACUGCUAUGUGCACUAUGACAAAGACUGCACCCCGGUGAAGUCUGGCCCUGAGGCCAAGGCUGAUAUCAAGGCUCCAGCCAAGCCCGCCUGCCAUCCAUUCGACCCCAGCUGUGGCAAGUUUGCUUCACCCUCCAGCGUUGAGGCCCCGAAACCCGGCAAAGAUGGCAUAAUCCUGCCCGACCCCGACUGCGACCCUGAGUUCGACUACAACUGCCGCCUGCGUCGCGCUGAGCCCGCCGCCGCUGCAGCUGAUGAACCUGCCGCCGCCGCUGCUGAGGAGAAAGCUGCUGAUGAGCCCGCCAUGGAGGCUGCCCCCCCGCGCUUUGAAGACUUCCUCAGGGGCUUCAUGGGCCAGUACAAGUAG